AUGGAUUCUUCAGUUGUUGAGGUCAUAACAAUCGGUCUUUCUGUUAAGAUCAGUCGCAGCGAUGGGCGGAUACAUGCUGCCAGUGUGAAAACUGUCCAUCCUAUGAAAGGAACCGUGUCAGUGGAAUGGCAAGAAAACUCUAUAACCAAGGGGAAAGAAGUGGAUUUCAUGGAAUUGUGGAACCUGAACAAAGAACAUUUUGAAUACCUGAAGUCCGCCAGUCAGCCCAACCCAAAACCUGAAACCAGACUUAGUUCAAAAAUACCUGCUGUGCCUGAGUCUGCCAUUGGAACUCCCUCUGAAGGGUCCGAUCCGGUCUCCAGGAAGUCGGCUGUGCGCCGCACGUGUUUGAUGCAGCCAGGCUUUUCUCAGUCCGAGCCCUCUACCUUUGAAGAUGGCCUGUCAGCUGAGCCGCCCAGACCAUCCAUCCCCCGGCCAGGUGGGAGUUACGCUCAAAGGAAGAAAGGUCUGUCUAGGCCGACAUCAUUCCUGCCACAGGUGCCUGAAGUAAGCAUGGACAGCGGUGUUACGCCCUCCGUGUCCCACGCCGGCCCCACUGUCAGUUCAGGAAGACGGAAGUCUGAGGGUAGACUCGAAGCUGAAAAAAUGAGAAACAAACGGGAGGCAUCUCAAGUGAAGAAUGAAGAACUGCGGCCCAAGCGAGGGAAGGAAAACAUGAAUCGGCCUCACUGGCAGUUUUACAAGAUGAUUGAAGAAUACAGAGAGACUUUAGAACAAGUACCCCUUUCCACCUCUGAUCCUAUUGAAGAUCACAGAAUUUGUGUGUGUGUUCGGAAGCGCCCACUCAACAAACAAGAGGUGGCCAGGAAAGAAAUCGAUGUGGUAUCGGUACCUGGAAAGGGGGUUCUCCUCCUUCAUGAACCAAAGCAAAAAGUGGACCUUACCAAGUACCUGGAGAACCAGCUCUUCAAAUUUGAUUACUCCUUUGAUGAAACUACAUCCAAUGACAUUGUUUACAGAUUCACAGCCAAGCCACUGGUUCAGACCAUUUUUGAAGGGGGAAUGGCAACUUGUUUUGCGUAUGGACAGACUGGAAGUGGGAAAACUCACACAAUGGGAGGAGAUUUUUCUGGGAAAAACCAAAACAGCUCUAAAGGCAUCUACGCCUUGGCAGCACAAGAUGUGUUUGCCCUUCUGAGCCAGAGAAGGUACUCCAGUAUGGGCCUAGACCCUUAUGUGACAUUUUUUGAAAUCUACAAUGGCAAGUUGUUUGAUCUGCUGAAUAAAAAAGCCAAACUGCGUGUGCUGGAAGAUGGAAAGCAGCAGGUCCAGGUUGUGGGCCUUCGGGAGAUGUACGUCUCGUCUGUCAAGGACGUCAUCAAGAUGAUCGAAAUGGGGAGCGCGUGCAGGACGUCUGGACAGACCUUUGCGAACUCCAACUCGUCCCGGUCCCAUGCGGUGCUGCAGAUUAUCCUGCGCCAAAGGAACAGGCUCCAUGGGAAGUUCUCCCUGGUGGACCUGGCCGGGAACGAGCGGGGCACCGACGUCAGCAGCAACGACAGGCAGACCCUUGUGGAGACGGCCGAAAUCAACCGCAGCCUCCUGGCAUUGAAGGAGUGCAUCCGUUCCCUGGGGAAGAACAGCGAACACAUUCCCUUCAGAAUGAGCAAACUGACCCAUGUGCUGAGGGACUCCUUCAUAGGCGAGAACUCCAAGACAUGCAUGAUUGCUAUGAUCUCUCCUGGGAUGGGCUCCUGUGACUACACUCUGAAUACUCUCCGAUAUGCAGACAGAGUGAAAGAACUGAAUGGAGCAUCGAAUGGAAAUGAUUCGGAUGAUAAAAAGAUGGAGAUAGAGGAGGAUGAAGAGGAUACAGUCACACCGAUGACCAGCAUGUACGAAGCUGUGUCUCAGGUCUCCGAGAUGGAGGACCGAGUUUUUGAGGAGCUGCAGAAAGCCAGUCAGUUCCUGAAGACUAUGGAGCAACCAACCUAUGACACUGUUGCCGUUGCAGCAGAGCUUGUGGACUAUGCAAAAAGACUGCAAGAGUCUGUCCAGGCCUUUCAGUCUGCCCUGGAAAGCGAGGAACUGGCAAGGAUGUCACCCAGACAGGGGCACCUCUGA